GACACCACACCGGCAUUCAGUUUUAAGAAAAAUAAUUACGGCGAUUAUAUUGUCAGGUUUGAUUUCAUUGCCUGUGACGAGAACGAUAUAAACGCACAGAAGGGGGAUAAAGUUCGAGUUUUGAACAAGGAGGACAAAGAUUGGUACUGGGUGUCGAAUUCUCAAGGGGUCGAAGGAUUUAUUCCCAAAGAUUUCCUGGUUCCCUUUGACAGACUUCAAAAUGGCGGUAAGUCUUUAUGAUUCAAUGAUUCAAACAUUUGAAUAAUUCUAGAGUUAAUAUCAAAUCUUAGUGAAGCAGGGGCCGUGUUCUUUAAAGAACAUCUCACAGUAGGAAACAGAUUUUUUUGAAUUGUUUAAUUAGUUUCCGUGGCAUUGUGUUACGCUAAAUCGUCUUUCGAAAAGUGUUGAUAAACAAGUUAAAAAUCUAGAUCAACUUAGCAAACAAAUAACUUGAAGAACUAAGAUUAUUUUUGGAGACUGGAUGAUCUUAGCAGGUAUCAAAUAUAUUACAUGUACUGGAGUUCAUUGAGGGUCGUAUUGAGCCGAGUUCAUUAAUGUCAGCAAAAUCAAUAAUUCAGCAAAAACAAUCCAAGUAUGUCAUCAAUUGAUGGCACUCAAUUAGUGUUUUUGAAAGGGAAAUUAUUUUUGAAAUCGUCAUUCUAGUUUUAAGAGAAAUGUUCACGGCUAAAAAAAGAAAUUGGUUAUCUAUUAUAAAGGGUGCAAUUUCUUGGUCACUUUGAAUGGGAAAACUUGGAAAGGAAACGGUGCUUGAAUGUACACGUACAAUGUAUUAGCAUAGGACGUUUGGUGGCCGAACAGUCUUCGGUACAACCUUGCUACCGGAUUGUUUUCUUGGUUACAAAACUGUGCUCUGCUUCUUCACUCUUUACUCAGGUGUAGCGGCAACUUUCUGCCGGGGGUUACAUGUGAUGGACUAGCAUCCCAUCGAGGAGCAUUACAUUGUAAUGCUCUGAAUUGCUAAUCUUGCCACAAAAAUUGGGCCAAGCCCUUUCUGGACCCAUUUUGGCUGUUUUUCACGACCAGUCCUGACAGAUUUACAGCCAAAAAAACCAAGUAACAUUUUGGGGAAAAAUCCACUGCCAAUUUCACUGUGUACCUAGUACUGCUCUUUGCAGAUUAAAUUGGUUCCUUUCCUAAAAGUUAGGUAGUCACAAUUCCAUGCAAAAAAAAGACAAUAAAGUGGGCAACAAAACUGCAUAUAAAAGAGAAAGAAAAAGGGAAAAGAGAGAGUGAAAUAAGUCCGUUUUUUGGCUUAUGUACAUGCUCAUUAGCCAAAAACUAAUCCACAAAAGAGGAAUUGGUGAAAAAUGUGGUUUUCCUCUACUUGCUGGCCAGCACCAAAGGGUUACUUUGUGGUCAAUAGAUAGGAGGGAAGUGAUCUAUGGGAACAAGAGAGCAGGAAAGUCCUUCCAUUUUAGAGAGUAAGAGUUAGGCAAAGUUAACAUGACAACUUCUAAUGCAAAACUUGUUUUUAGGUUUUUCUUUUGCGCAUUAUGCUCAAUACAUGACAUGGCAUGACAUUGUUACGAUAGUUACAAACUCAUUUUGAGAGAUUGCUCUUAAAAUGGGUGCUAAUGUCCUUAGCAAUAAAUAAUAUUAUAUUUUUCAGAACAAAUUCUACUAGGGUACUAUCUUGACUACCCUGUUCAAUUAAUACAUGUACUUUUAUUAUGUUAUUUGAGAUCCCUUCAAAGUUGAUCUCCAGUUUUCCAUAUAAUUUUCACCUCAUGCACUUAUACUGUAUUUGCAGAUAUAUAUAUAUAUUUUUUAUUUUUUAACUUAUCCCCCUAUGUUAGUUUUCUAAAGUGGUAUUUCACCUUCUUCAGAUUCAAGUCCAGCUUCAAAUCAAAGUCUUCUAAAUGGCAGUAGGACAAUGUCGCAGACAGAGGUUUCUCUACUGUCAACACAAGCGGGAAGUCCCUACAGAGAAACGUCACUUGACUCAGCAAGAUCAAACAACAGAAGCUCAUCCACAGAGCCGCUCUACCUUCUCACCCCACUAGCCAAUGGGAAUCGAUCAAGCCCUGUUACUUCAAACAGUCAAACAAAUACAUUCCGUCAACGUCGAAACACCAAUGAGCUUUUACUAUAUGGACAAGAACUUGUGUGUACUGAUACUUAUAUAGGGAAGAGACUGGAUGAACUUACCGUGCAUAAGGGAGACUGGAUCUAUGCUGAUAUGAAACUCAAGGAUGGGAGAGGGUGGAUUUGGGCUUAUUCGCCUUCAAACAAGAUGCAGGGGUUUGUGCCACGGUCAUGUCUUCGCCCGCCUGCCACAACACCUCUCUGA